AAACUUAUUAAAUAGUAUUUUUGAAUGAGUUCGUAUAAAUGGCGCCGAGCAAGCCAGAAGCAUUCGGAAAUCGAGGAGAGGUUGCGGUCUGUACACGCAGAUCAAAAGGACGACCCGCGAUUGUGGUGCGAAAAGGUAGCAGCGGCAACAGACUACGCCGUGUCAACAGUUAGUGGGAAGAAACCUCCGAGUUACAUGGCCAAGAGUCGUAACAGUGGUAUGAGUUUCGGAUCGCAUAAUCAUCAGCCUGAAGUGUACAUAGACGACGAUGAGAUCCAAAAAACAGCGCAAGAUUUGCUAAAUCAGUGGAUGACUGAAAACGUAGACAGAGAAAAGGAAGAACGCCAGCUAUGCGAACAAUUAGAUUUAGAAGAACUCGAAAACUCUAACCGCUUUGACUCGAAAUUCGAUCGAAGUUCCGAAAAUUUGUUCCGUGAAGAUCAACGUGGAUCUCAUUUUGCUAUGUUUAACGGCGGACCCGAUGGAUUUAAGUCUACAAAACACGAAAUAUCGCCAGGAUUUGCUUCUAAAUCGAGAUCGAAAGACAAAGAAAAUGAAGUGAAAAAAUCGAGACGAAGUACAAUGUUUGGAGCUACUAAUUCAAGUGGAUUAUCAGGAUCAGCAGAUAAUGGUGGAGAUCUAGAUUCAUAUGAUUUCAAGCGGAAAUCAGUCGCCAACACUUUCGGAAAUGAGCAAUUCAACUCUCAUUCAAGAUCGAAUGGAUAUUUCGGAAGUGAUAGUAAUUAUACGCAAGCAUCAAACUAUAAUGGAGCUUUAGAUAGUUCGUUUUCGAAAGAUUCAGAAUUGAACAAAAAGUUUAACGAGUUGGAAGAAAAGUACGAGUUGAUGACAGUCGACUCAAUUCUAGACGGAAUUUUGAACAAACAGUUUGAUCAAAAUAAACACAUCAUGAAGAAUUUAGGAUUUAAGAAUGAGAAAACUCAGCCGACAGGCGGUGGCUUGGCCGCAAAAAUGGAAUUAAGACACCAAGAAAUUGUGAAAAAACGGGAAGAAAGGCUGAAAAAAGUAGAUACAAAUAAGAAAGAAAAAGAAGUCAGCCGUGAAACCGAAAUGGCUGCAAGAAAAAUUUUACUCGAGGAAGAAAAAUUACAAAUCGAGCAAAAAGCAGCUGAAGAAAAAAAGAUCAAAGAGGAGAUGGAAAAAAUAAGGCGUGAAAUUCAUGAACAACAAACUGUAAUGCGUGAACAACAGAAACGGGACUUCGCUUUACGACAGGCUGAAAUUGAAAAAGACAAACUUAAGCUUGAAAGUAAAAGGCAGAAAGAAAAUAUGGAGAAAUUAGCGCUGGAAAAAACCCGGGAGGAAAAUAAGAGAAAAAUAGCUGCACGAAUGGAACAAGUCAAAAUUAAAGAGAUGAAAAUUAAUAUGCAUGUGUUACAGAAGCAUUUUCAUGCUUGGUAUAACUUUAUAAUUGAUCAGCGACUGAAAAUUGGCAAGGCUGUUGCUUUAAGCGAAUGGCGUCUUCUUUCAAGGAUUUACAAUACUUGGAAACACAAAACGGUUCAAAAACAGUGCGAAGUUGAGGCAGUUAAACAUGAGCUUAAUAUGAAACGAUCUGUACACUUUGAAAAAAUGGCCAAUGAAUUCAACAGAGUUCGUCUGUUAAAAAAGUGUUUUAGCAGAUGGACAGUCUUUGUCACAAUUUCACAUGAAGAACUUGACAUUCAAAAAGAAGCCGAAAAUCGUAAAGAACGUUUGGAAAAGUUUUUAGACGCUGCAAAAAGUGGAAAAUUGUGGCAUGAAAACAGUGUCGACAACGAAGAAAACGAACAUUUUUCCUCAGAGCUAGGAGAUACGGUAGCGUUUCUGGAGAAUUCGGGUCACAGAAGUACAAACAAAACACAGCGAACAGUUACAAAUAGAUCUAAUAGUUCUAGCUUCAAAAGCGAAAAGAUCUUCAAAAUGUUCAACUCGAAACCGAAUGGCGUUGUAACGUCAACACCGCGUCUGAACAAUUCAGGCGAAGGAUCCAAAAUGAGAGGCAAUUUUAAAGUUGAAACUCCAUCAAUGCCCUGGCAAAUACGGAAAGGAAUAGCAUCUGACUUGACCAUAGAGCAACUUGAACAAAUUGGACAAUCAACUAAAAAGGCUAUUAAUGAUUCAGCAAAACAAGUGCAGGAAAAAUUAACCGAGAAGCAAACUGCGCAACAAAAACAACUUCAGCAGCAGGAGAAAAUUUUGAAAGACCAACAGAAAGUGAUAAACCAAUUGCAAAAACAACUAGUUAGUAACAAAAAAGUAGGCGAUUUUUUUGCAAAUGAUCUGUGCGGAACACCACAUCACGUUUCUGAACCUUGCGGAACACUCUAUACUAACAGUGUGACAUCAGCAGCUUCGGAGGUUCCGUCGGGUCGCUCGGAAGUUUCCUCAACUAUUUCGCGAGCAACUUCAGCAUCUGCAGUGAAACAUGACCCGAUUGUUUCGGCGAUGGAAGAGCGUGACCGAAUUCGCCAGGAGAAACGAGCGAAGUUUGAAGCUAUUAAAAGGAAACGGGAAGAGGAAAAGUUGAGACUAGCAAAAUUGGAGCAAGAGGACUUGGAGCAAAAGUUGUUAGAAGAAAAGCGAGUAGCGGCCGAAAAAAAACGACAGGAAUUGUUACAGCAGAAAGAAUUGGAACGUAAAAAGGCUGAAGCUAACGCUAAGUUACAAGCUUUAAAUGCGAAAGCAGAUGAGUUCAAUGAAAAGCGACUUGUAAAAUAUUAUGGCGUCAAACCAUGGAUAAGAUUAGUUAAAUUAGCCGAAAGCAAUGAAGUUCUUGCAAAAAAUUGCUUCGCUAAAAAAAUAUGCGGAAAUUGUUUUGCUGCGUGGAGACAAGACGCAAAAAAUUCGGCUGAGCUGAAACAAAACAUGGCUGAAGAAUUGAACGGUUACUUUUUGAUUAGAAGACAUUUCAAAUCGUGGCGUAGAUACAAGCAGAUAUCUGAUAUUUUGAUGUUGAAAGCUGAAAGGCAUUUCGCUAGAGUUCUGAAAAAGAACUUUUUCAAGCAGUGGGUUGUGUUUACAGAUCAGAGGCGAAUUGAAAGCGUGAUGAAUUUGGAAAUAGCUGAAAAACAUAAUGAAGAACGUCUCAGUAAGAGGUGUCUGAAAGCGUGGCGCUUGAUUCCUGGAAUCGAAAAAGCGGAACGUGAACGCAUUAAUCGUCGCGCCGAAUUGAGAAGUUUAGUGGCACAGAUAAUUCCGGACUUCAAAGGUACUUCGAAUAGUGAAGAGCAAAAUGAUAGUUUGGAAAUGGAAUCCACGCCGAUUCUCGGUGCUGAAGUUGACCAAUCAGAAAGAGAUCAAAAUGAUUAUCUACACUAUACUAGCUUUGAUCUUAGAAAAUAAAAACAGUUUGCUAUGAAGAUAUGAUGCUUAAUUUAGGUGGUGCCAUAUUGCAGCUUAGUUUUGAAAAUAUGUAGUUUUUUUGCUGUAAAUUUGUAAAUAUUGUUAGAAAGUUUUUUUUGUAUAGUUUAUUUGAAAUUUAAGGUCAUAAGUAUUUAAUGUUUAGUGCUGAGUACAUUUAAAUGUAGAAUAACGUAAAA